AUGACCAACAUCAAGGCACGAGGUCAAAUCAAUUUGAUCACUGGAGGACUUUUCGGAUUGAAAACAUACUCUUGCAGUAGCGACUAUGGCGGUUUACUAAGCGAGUUCUCCGAUGUUACUAGGCCACGCCUUCCCAAGCAGGAGGUAAAACACGGAGUCAAACAUUCCAUCAAGGUUGACGGGCCUCCCUGUCAUUCUAAGUUCCGCCGACUACCACCGCAUAAGCUCGAAGCUCUUCGGAAGGAAUUGAAGCUGUUUCUAGAGCUCGGGUACAUCCAGCCUUCAAAAAGCCCGUAUUCGAGCCCAGUACAUUUGGCCACCAAAACGUUGCAAAACGGUGACGUCAAAUAUAGACUUGUGCGUGCAGUGGCGGAGUACCCGAAGCCCGACACGGUACAGAAACUGAGACGUUUCUUGGCUCUAGUAAACUACUAUCGUCGAUUUCUUCCACACGCCGCCGAAGCUGAAAUUCCACUGCGCAAACUGAUGCCUUCAAACAAGAAGAAUGAUAAAACUCCUAUCCUCUGGAACGAUGAAGCUGAAGAUGCCUUCCAAAAAUGUAAACAUCGUUUAGUAGAAGCAACGAAGCUAGACUACUAUGAUCCGGAUGCUCAGCUAUCCCUAAUGGUCGAUGCGUCGGAUUUAGCUGCCGGAGCCGUGUUGCAACACACGCUCAAAAAAGAAUUCUGA